AUGUCCUCUUUUACGGAAAAUGUGAUCUCCCCUGAGAGCAGGUUGUUGUCUGCGGUUGAUUCCAUCUCACGGGAUCCGAAACCUUCAGCCUCGGAAUACCUGGAGCUUUAUAAUCCCAUUCCUAGUGUUAAUAGUGCACCUCUAUCGGGUUUCCCGGACACAUUUCUUUCUAAUUCACGAAGUGGAGUUUUGCCACCUGACUUUCAAUCCGAUGGUGAUAAUGUGGACAAUUUUAAUGGGCACCCAGACCCAUCAGGCACGGCAACAGAUGCCCGCAACACUUCUAUCUCUUACACGGAUGAAUCAUUUGCUGAGAACCCCGAUAGUUCCCUCCUAAGUUGGAAAAAGUGCUCCUCGGAACUACAGUCACGGAAUCAGAUUAACCCUGGAAGCCACGUGGUGAGAACUCAAAUGAUGGGUCUGCGCGGCGAGGAUUUUGGCUACCAGAUGGGUCCUGUCCCGAACUUCUAUGUCCAGCCUAACGCACCAAUCAACAGCAAUAAUAUGGAAAAUCCUGUUGGUCCUAUGUUCCCCGUCGAGAUUACCUCCUCAUCUUGGUGUCCUGUGUCGUGGGCGGACCCAAGUCUAGGGCCUAGUAGUGAUAGAAAGGGUGUGGAAUGGGCCAAAUCACUGCAAGAUUCAGCAGGAGUUGAUUCCCUUUUUCAGCGAUCGGAAUUUGAGCGCUCUUGGCGCAAUCGGACGUCGAGUGAUGGAGGUGGGAUGUCACCUCAUAAGAAUCCCCCGAUUCUCCGUUCAGGUCAGAGCGCCUCUGAAGCUUCAACCUCCAAUGUCCAACAGAAUCGCAACCUGCAUCACAGACGAAGGGGUCGAACCGCGUCUGCUUCCAGUACCUCGUCCGUCGAUAGUCCUACAAAUGUCACAGCAAGGGAUGAGAGUAGGAGCAUCAAUUUACCCUCCGGUCAGAGUGUAAAUACUGCUGAUUUUGGUGUGGCCACGUGCCUACCCGACGCGGUAGCUCGAAUGUCCUUUGUAGCCGAUCCUUCUACCAUUCAGCGGCCCAUUCCUGCCUCCGAGUCCUCCGUGCUUGGGCAGGCACUGUCCGCCGCGGACAAACCUCGUCUUAUAGCUCACCAGACACAGCCAAACUUCUGGUCAGCGUCGUCGACAUCGCAAGAAGCCGUACCUUGUUCAGGUGUGAAUUCUGUGGUUUUUAGCCAAAAAACCGAUAGCUACCAUCGACCCACCACUUCAAACCAAUACACUCAGCAUGAUGCCCUCGGAGCUUUCAGGAGUAAAACAGCCGGUUACUCCAAAAUUUCGGGUGCCUUCGGUUAUAAUGGCGAUGGUCUCGACCCAGGACAACAAGCGGGAGGAACUGGAAGUGGCGCCCUAAGCGAUGAUCAACUGUGGUACUAUGAGGAUCCCCAAGGCCAUAUUCAAGGUGAAUUCAGCAGCGCGCAAAUGUUGAAUUGGUUCCUUGCUGGCCGGUAUUUCACCUCCUCCCUGCGGAUACGUCGAAAGUGUGACGACACAUUCUCAACUCUCCAUAACUAUGCGCAAUUAUUCGGUCACGUCCCAUUCGCUGGCACCACACAAAUACCACCGAUCCGGGGCGGCAUCACACCUCAACUCAUCCUCAUGGUUCGGAUGCACGACCAGCAAAACGUGGCCAAUCUACCCUUCGCCUGUCUGGACCAGCAGCAACUACUGCACAAACUCUCCCGGUCCAUGACAGGCGAUGGGGGCUGUGUUGUGAAUGCUUCUGGUGGGUUCGGGAAAAAUGGGAUGUCCUGUUCGAAUGUGGCAGCAGUUGCCGGCCAGGCGUUUCUUCUAAAACAGCUGACCGAGAUGAUUGCGUCGAAUCCCGGGGCUGUGGCCAUGAAUUUCAACAAUCCUCUGUUCUCUUUCCUCUCGGAGUUGAUCUCAAAAGCUCGGCUCGAUCCGUCGCUAUUGCAAGAGGUGAGCAGCACAGCAGCAUUCACUAACCCCGGCCUGGGUAUUCCCUGGGCACCGCCGCCACCAUCACAGUCGCAGCUGCUUUCGCAACAACUACAACAGCAACAGCAGCAAUUGUCGGCCCGGCAAUGCAUGGACGGUGUGUUCUUGGCUUCCACGUCGGCGGUCACUGAUCCAGGUAGCGGUGGAUUUGUGAAUGCCGUCACUCGGGGCGACAAGACAGCGGAACCGCCCUCUUCCGAUGAGAACACUCCUUUCCAGUCUGUCUCCGGUCUCAGUGCUGACAAUCACUUGCCCAAAGCGACUCGGCACAAAUCAGCUGGCGGAAGGAGCUCGGAUGGUGGGGCCUCCAAAUCCGAGGUUAAAUCGAAGCAGAACACGAAUGCUGUCAUUACCUCGAAAAAGUCCUCCCAAAAACAAAAAAACUCUCCAACUGGUAGCAAAUCUGACGGUGCGGACGACAACAGUGGCAGCCAACAGUCUCAACGCGCCGUCUCUCAGUCGGGAUGUUCCAGCUGCUCGACGUCGUCAGGGUGUGGUGGUGGCUCUGCUUUGUCUAACGAAUCCCUUCAAUUCAACUCCAUCUCUGUAGGAGGUCGUAGAUUGGUCUCAGCCUCGGAGCAACCACAACCAAUGACUACGAAGCUGACAAAAAGUUGUUGGAUAGAGAAGGCAGCGACAUUGGCAAGGACUGCGGCCAAAGGCGAGGCGAAUAAAUCGGCGAAACAGUCUUCCUUAUCCUCAUCCGCCAUCUCUCCUUUGAGUGGUAGUGCUGGAAAGUCAGCAAUACCAAAUAGUUCACCGGCGACUCCUCCUCUUAAAUGGGUUUCGCAGAUUCCGUUGUCGGAAGGAAGCGGCAGCACGAAGAAGAAGGCCAAAUCUCGCCAGCAGCAGGAACAAAUACAACAGGUGACAGUGCAAAAUGGUGUCAAGAAAUCAGGACAUAACGGAACAGUAUCCUCAAAAAAGUCUAAGGGCAGUGAAAAUGAUAACUCAGUACUAACAGAUGAGCUCAACACCCUCAUUUGUUGGGUUCAAUCGGCGUUGAUGGGCUUUGAAUUGAGGGAGAAGGUUGACAUUCCCACCCUCGUGGAACUUCUUACAACUAUUGAUGCGCCUUACGAAGUAGAAAGCAUGCUGGUCCCCUACCUUGGCAGCUCUCCUCGUUCGGAGCAGUUUGUACGGGAAUUUCUAGAUCGUCGUCAUACCUGCUGGCAGCUGCAUCGGAAACGUGUGGAGGAAAUGCAAAGUGAUUCAAGGUUGAAGAGGAGCCAAAAUGAUCACCAACCUUCAUCGGCUCCUACUAAUAACGAAAGCAAUGUGUACUCGUCAAAUGCCUAUUCGGAAGCUAAUGACUCGCACGCAGAGAGUGUGUGGCAACAAAUAAAGCCGAAAAACAGUUCCAGUCGUCGCGGUAAGAAAGGAGGGAAGCAUCGAUCCUAG